UUCGUAUCCUGGCACCUGUAUUGUUCCACUUUCCAAGCUUUACUUAGCCAGUAAAAGAAAGACGUCCCAGUCCAUAAUUUACUGCCGGGUUUUACGUCCCGUGCUCACCGCUCAUGUAAGAUAGCAAAUGUCCUAGCCUGUAGCCGGUUCUUGGCCGAUUUCCAUGCCCAUGCGAAAUAUCUCCAGCUCCAGGUUUUCCAGCUUCCAUUAUCGUGUGAAUGAUUCAACACAGCCUUUCCUCCCCUUACACUGAGCUUUGCAGGUCUCGUCCGACUCCAGUUCCAAAUUCGAUCUCCAGGUCUUACUUCAACUAGCCCAUAGGGGUCGGAGUUGUACAUUGAUUCCCUGGCUUUAUUUCCCCUUGUGGACGGUCAGUGAUCCUGCUCCAGUUCCUGUGAGUAGUUCAGUUCCGGGUCUUACAGGGGCUCUCCCCUUGUGAGCACUCCAGUACCAAGGCUUUAGCGCUUAUUCCAUGUGAUCCGGUCCGUGCUCCAUUCCGCGGGUUUCUCUGUGUCUGCGCUAAGUGCAAGAAGCCAGCCAGCCCGGAUUUCUUCUUGUUUGCCAGGUACCGGGUUUUGCGGCCUGUAACUCCCCAGUCCUGGACUCCAGCUCCGCGCUUUGCGGCCUGUCACUCCUCCUCCUCUCUCGGUAAAAUGGCCUCUCCUCCUCCUCUCAACCGCCUCGUGUCCGACUGAGCGGCUCCCCCUCCCCUCCUGCCUGAACCCAGCCCGAGAACACCGGGGGGGAGGCCUCCUUCAUCCCCAACCUCUUCUCAGACUUUCAUGGCUGCCCAGGUGGCCCCGGCCUCCGGCCCCAAUUUGGGGGGAACCCCGCCCGCCGCCGGCCCCGAGCUAAAGAAGAGCCCCGGGGACCCCCCUCCUCCCCCGUCCGAGACACAAACGGAGGCCCCGGCUUCGGCCUCAAAUGACUCUGACCCACCGGAGGCAGCCAACGGGACACGAGCUGCUUCGGCCUCCUCUCUCCAGGAGUCCGGUGAUACGCCUGCGGCCUCCUCCGCCUCUUCUCACCCGCCUAGCGGGUUUGGCUUUUCUCCUUACCCCAGGGGAGUCUUCCAGCCGGGUCCCGGCCUGGACUACCCGCCGCCCAAUGAGGCCUACAACUCCUACCCGGCAUACCCCAACCGGGCCUACCCUCCGGGGUAUCCUCCUCCUCGUCCGGCCGCCUCCUCAGGCAAACCCCAGGCUCCGGCCUACCCACCACCACCUCGCUUCGGGCCUGCGCAGCCGGCGGCCGCCACCCCAACCCUGAAUCAGCUGCUGACAGCGCCGAGCCCCGGGCGCGGAUACUCUGGCUACCCCGGGGGCGACUACCCAGAGCAGCACAAAGGACCUGAAGGCUAUGCAUCUGGCUGGGCCGCGGGUCAGAGGGGCGUUCAUCCGCCGGGUAGCCCCGGGAGCAGCAGCCAGGGCCUGCCCAGGACACCGCAGCCUGCUAGUCCCAUGGAUCAGAUGGGAAAGAUGCGACCCCAGCCAUACGGUUCAGGUAACCCAUACGGUCAACAACAGGGAGCUCAGCAGGGACACUCUGGGUACCCAGUCCAGCCUUACUCCUCACAGACCCCCCAGCGAUAUCCCAUGACUAUGCAGGGUCGAACUCAGGCAAGCAUGGGCAUGCAGUAUGGGCAACAGAUGGCUCCAUAUGCUCAGCAGGGUCCUGGGUCCUAUGCCCAGCAGAGCCAAUCUCCAUACUACAACCAACAGAGCCUUCAUCCUCCUCAGCAGACAACACCCCCACAGACGCAAUAUUCGCAACAGCAGCCGCAAGCUUCCCAGUCAUAUUCCCAACAGACCCCUUCUUCUCAGCCACCCCCUACCCAGGCUGUGCAGCCCACAUUUACCCAACAGCAGUCUCCAUCUCCUUCUCCUUAUACACAACAGCAGCAGGGUCCCCCGACAAGCUCUCAGAGUCAGUCACCAUACACACAGACUCCACAGUAUCCUAGUUCACAGCAGCAAGGGUCAUCCUAUCAGUCACAGGCAGCACAGCAGGGUGCAUCUUAUUCCCAGCAGCGCUUCCCUCCACCACAGGAGCUCUCUCAGGAUUCUUUCACAUCCCAGGCUUCAUCCACUCCGUCUUUAGGUUCCAGCAAAGGACAAGACGACCUUAGUUUAGGGAUGCAACCACGGCCCUCAAGUCUCCCGGAUCUCUCUGGCUCUAUUGAUGAUCUUCCAAUGGGUGCAGAGGGUGCUUUGAGCCCUGGAGUUAGCACUUCUGGGAUUUCUAGCAGCCAAGGAGAGCAAAGUAAUCCAGCCCAGUCACCUUUCUCUCCCCAUACCUCUCCUCACUUGCCUGGCAUUCGUGGGCCCUCACCAUCUCCAGUAGGAUCCCCAGCAAGUGUGGCUCCAUCUCGUUCUGGACCCCUUUCACCAACCGCCGUUCCUGGAACUCAAAUGCCUCCACGUCCACCAAGUGGGCAGUCGGAUGGACUGAUUCACCCAGCAAUAAACCAGGCUGGCCUUGGACAGGAGAGGGGGUACAUGCAGAGGAAUCCACAGAUAACUCAGUAUGGCUCGCCCCAGCCUGGCCCUGCGCUUUCCCCACGCCAGUCAACAGGGGCGCAAAUGCAUGCAGGAAUGGGUCCCUAUCAGCAGAACUCAAUGGGAAGCUAUGGCUCUCAAGGGGGUCAAUAUGGGCCCCAAGGAGGGUACCCUCGGCAACCAAAUUAUAACACAAUGCCUAAUGCAGGUUACUCUGCAGGAGGAAUGGCUCCAUUGGUUGGAGGAGGGCAAAUGCAUGGACAAGGAGGCAUGUCUCAGUAUGGGGGACGGAUGGGCCACUCUAUGGGUAACAGGCCAUAUGGGCCAAAUAUGGGUGCAAUGCCUCCACAGGUGGGAUCUGGGAUGUGCCCACCCCCUGCUGGUAUGAACCGCAAAGCACAAGAAGCUGCUGGCAUGCAUGCCACACCCAAUUCCCUUCAAAGCAGGUCUCCAGGAUAUCCUAACAUGAACCAAGGUGGGAUGAUGGGAUCUGGCCCUCCUUAUGGGCAAGGAAUGAACAGCAUGGCGGCUAUGAUGAAUACGCAGGGCCCUCCCUACAUGGGUGGCAACAUGGCCAAUAACUCAGGCAUGGCUGGCAGUCCCGAGCUCAUGGGUCUUUCAGAUGUGAAAUUGACACCAACUCCAAAAAUGAACAACAAAGCAGAUGGAACACCAAAAUCAGAACCCAAAUCUAAGAAGUCAAACUCCUCAACUACUACAAAUGAGAAGAUCACAAAACUGUAUGAGCUGGGGAGUGAGCCCGAAAGAAAGAUGUGGGUAGAUCGAUAUCUGUCCUUCACAGAGGAGAAGGCUAUGGGCAUGACAAACCUGCCAGCAGUGGGCAGGAAGCCUCUUGACUUGUACCGGCUUUAUGUGUCUGUCAAGGAGAUUGGAGGGCUCACCCAGGUAAAUAAGAACAAGAAGUGGAGGGAACUUGCAACAAACCUUAAUGUGGGCACAUCAAGCAGUGCAGCCAGCUCCCUAAAGAAACAGUAUAUACAAUGUCUUUAUGCCUUUGAAUGCAAGAUUGAGAGGGGAGAGGACCCGCCACCAGACAUAUUUGUAUCAGCAGAAGCUAAGAAACAAGCUAAAAUCCAGCCACCUUCACCUGCUGGUUCUGGAUCCAUGCAGGGACCCCAGACUCCACAGUCAACCAGUAGCUCAAUGGCAGAAGGAGGGGACCUUAAGCCCCCAACACCAGCAUCCACUCCACACAGCCAGAUGCCUGCCAUGCAAGGCAUGAGGAACAACUCUGUGGGUUUACAGGAUGCAUAUGACGGUUCAGAUACCUCCUACCAGAAGAGAAACUCCAUGACUCCUAAUCCUGGGUACCAGGCUGAUAUGAUGGGUAGGAUGUCAUAUGAUGCCAGCAAGGAUCCCUAUGGGGGCAUGAGGAAAGGUGCAGAUGCAUUCAUGUCUUCAGGGCAGGGACCUAGCGGGUCUAUUGGAGAUCCCUAUGGACGGACAGCAGGUCCUCCAAUGUCCAACAUUGCACAGCGUCCUCAUUAUCCCUACAGUGGAUAUGACAGAGUGAGAGGGGACCCAGGCCUAGGCCCUGAAGGGGGUAUAGUGAGUGGGGGAACUCAGCCUAAUAUGAUGCCCUCAAAUACAGACAGUGGCAUGUACUCUCCUGGACGCUACCCGCAGCAGAGGCAUGACUCCUAUGGUAACCAGUACCCAACACAGAGCACAGCCUCAGGCAGCCCCUACCCCAGUCAGCAGAACCCAAUGUACCAGCAACCUAACUACAAGCGACCAAUGGAUGGUAGCUAUGGACCUUCUUCGAAACGCCAUGAGGGAGAGAUGUAUAGUGCUCCAUACAGUGGGGCACAGGGUACCCAGGGUCAACAGCAGCCGCCACCCCAGCAACAGCAGCCCCCUGUUUCUGGAGCGCCAGCUCCACCUGGGCCACCCCCUGCUGCUGCCACUUCUCAACAACCCCAGGAUCCUUAUGGGCAAUAUGGGAGCAACUAUCCACAGGGGGGAGAACGACGGCCAGCACCAUCUGGGCAGAAUCAAUUUCCGUUCCAGUUUGGACGUGAGCGGGUGUCUGCCACCCCAGGCAGCAAUUCCCAGCCACCUUUACCCCCUAGUGUAAUGGGUAACUCUGGGGAGGCAUCCCAGCAGGGAGCAAUGUGGCAAGGCAGAAGUGACAUGAGUUACAACUAUCAGGGCAGGCCAGGGCCGCCCCCUGCAGCUACUCAGGGGCCUGGCUAUCACACUGGACCUCCUAGAGGAGAGGAAAUGAUACACUCAGACCAGCGCCUUAGUCAUGAAAACCAGUGGCAACCUCAUGUUAACAGGCAACAGUCCCCUUAUGUGCCUGCCCCAGGCCCACCUCUUACACGUGCCCCACCACAGCCUGGGUACCAGGCUUCCCCUAGCAUGCCCAAUCAUCUGCCUCAGGUAGCUAGCCCUGCCACUCCUCGGCCCUUGGAGGCCCACACUUCACCAAGUAAGUCCCCCUUCCUGAAGAUGCAAAAGGCUGGACCACCUGUGCCUGCCUCACACAUUGUGCCCACACCGACCCAGCCACCGCUUAUCCGUAGGGACAUUACUUUCCCUCCUGGGUCUGUAGAAGCCACGCAACCUAUUCUGAAACCAAGACGAAGACUGACAUCCAAGGAUAUUGGAGCACCAGAGGCUUGGCGCGUCAUGAUGUCUCUGAAAUCUGGUCUCCUAGCAGAGAGUACCUGGGCACUGGACACAAUUAACAUUCUACUGUAUGAUGACAACAGCAUCAUGACCUUUAACCUCAGCCAGCUUCCUGGGUUGCUGGAGUUAUUAGUGGAAUAUUUCCGUCGCUGCCUAAUUGAAAUAUUUGGCAUCCUCAAAGAGUAUGAAGUUGGAGAGGCUGCUCAGAAAAGCCUUCUGAAACCUUCCAUCAAUGAGUUUUGCAGUCCUCUUGCAAGUGAUGCUGAACUAAGUGAGGAUGAGGACUGCCAGUCUUUGACAGAUGGUGAACCCCAAAGUGAGGCAGAAGGAGAGGAAGAGAGGAAAGCAUUUUCUGCCCCCUGUGCUGCUGGUGAUGAUUGCCUUAAGCAGGCCAGCAAGUUUGAUAAACUCCCUGUGAAAUUGGUUCCGAGAGAAGAUGCCUUUGUGUUGGACUGCUCACACAAGUUGGGCCGCCGACAAGAGUUUGACAGUGGACUCUUGCAUUGGAGGCUAGGAGGUGGCGACACAACGGAGCACAUCCAAACCCACUUUGAAAGGCGCACUGAACCAUCUGCCCGCAGACGGCCACAAACUAAACGACGCUCCCGAGAACAAGUUUCUGCAGCAGAGGAUACUGCCCCCACCAUAGAUGAUGUCCUGUGUGCCCGGCCUGAUUCCUUGUCACCAGUGGCCAAAACAGCAGAUGAUUCAGAGUUUGCAUUGGGAGGUAGCUCACCUACACAAAGCAGGCAUGGUCUGAAAAUAUUAGAGGAUGAACCACGCAGCAAAGAUGAGACCCCACUUUGCACACUUGAGGAGUGGCAGGAUGCGCUUUCACGGCGAUGCGUGUGCAUAUCCAACAUUUUGCGGAGCUUGUCGUUUGUUCCAGGCAAUGACUUGGAAAUGUCGAAGCACCCAGGGCUGCUGUUAAUCCUUGGGAAACUUGUGCUUCUUUACCACAAGCAUCCGGAACGCAAACAGGCACCUCUCACUUAUGAGAAGGAAGAGGAGCGGGACCAAGGAGUGAGCUGCAACAAGGCAGAGUGGUGGUGGGACUGCCUGGAGAUGCUACGUGAGAACGCACUGGUCACGCUUGCUAACAUCUCAGGACAGCUAGACCUUUCCCCUUACCCAGAGAGCAUCUGUUUGCCCAUACUCGAUGGCCUGUUACAUUGGGCGGUUUGUCCAUCGGCUGAGGCUCAAGAUCCAUUUGUAACUUUGGGCCCCAAUGCUGUGUUAUCUCCUCAGAGACUAGUGCUGGAGGCCUUGAGCAAGCUAAGCAUUCAGGACAACAAUGUUGACCUUAUCCUGGCCACACCUCCUUUCAGUCGUCUAGAGAAGCUGUAUGGGACCUUAGUGAGGUUUUUGAGUGACAGAAAAAAUCAUGUGUGCAGGGAAAUGGCAGUGGUGCUCCUAGCUAACUUGGCACAAGGGGACAGUUUAGCAGCCAGAGCCAUCGCGCUUCAGAAGGGCAGUAUUGGAAACCUGCUAGGCUUCCUGGAGGACAGUCUAGCAGCCACCCAGUUUCAGCAAAGUCAGGCUGCCCACUUACAUGGUCCUUCUGCCCCUUUUGAGCCCACCAGCACGGACAUGAUGCGGCGGGCAUCCAAAGCCCUGCUGGCUUUGGCCAAGGUCGAGGAGAACCAUACAGAGUUCACACUGUAUGAAGCUCGCCUGUUGGACAUCUCUGUCUCUCCACUCAUGAACUGCUCUGUGUCACAGGUCAUCUGUGAUGUCCUGUUUUUGAUUGGCCAAUCAUGACGGCAGCAGGGGGACAUCCUCCCAGCAUCCUCUGCGCCUCCCGUCACCGUAGAACGGAAUCUUCCCUGACUGGUUCCUCUCCCACUUCUUUCCCGCUCCCUUUUUUAUUUAUGCAAAAACUUUGUCUCAAUCCACUGUCUGCCCCAGAGAGGAGACAUGGCCACCAUUGUGGACCUUCCCUUUGCCCUACUUCCUCUCUGUGUUUUGGUGUUAACCAAAGCUACUGUAUUUCAGUGAAUUUUUUAUUAUGUGGGGGGAAGGGGCUCCACUGUACUUUACCUCCCCUCCCCCUUUCUCUACUGCCCCAUUUUUCCCAGACCUCAACUAAGCCAAGCAUUGGGCCUACAAAGUCUAAGGAGAUAAAGACUUCUAAAAGCACCAAGGAGGGAUGUGGAAUCCCUUCUCCAACACCCCAAAAAACUUGCAGGAUUGCCACCACCCUCCUCACCUUUAGACUAGAAUUUGUGUCCUAACCCUUUUAAAGAGAUGAAAACUGAAAAAAAGCCUGACAUAAGACUUUACCUUUUUAACUGUGCUGAGCAACCCUGCAGAAUCCAACCGGAGCUGGAAAAACCCCACAACCUCAAAGACUCCAGAUUUAGGUUUUUAAAUGGAGAGCGACUGAGCGCUUUUUAGUUUUCCGGAUGAGAGACGCAGAAAGGUCGCUUUUCCCCCAAAGUUUCAUGUGAAGCAACACCCUUACCUCUUUAAACUUAGAUUGUAAUAAUCGGAGAUCGCCUCUUAUAACUGGUUUUAACCUUUAGCUUGUAGGUUGCAAGCUGCGAUGUCUGUAUAUAUAUGAUGAUGUACAUUAAAGACACACCUCUUGUAUUCCUUAUCUUUCCCUCACUGUCAUCACACCCCAUUCUUCCUCCUGCAGCUAAAGGGCGCAUGGUUACUCUUAAAGAUUUAAAGAGUAUAAGAUAAAAGGCCCUAGCCACCUUGCGGAGGCAAGAGUUUCCCAAUGGACUGUCCCACAGCAGCAGUUCCCAUUCCCCCCGUUUCUUCCUAACCCCAUCACCUUUGUAUAUCCAGCAAUCCGAUCAAUUUUUAAAGGAUUAUCUUCCCGUUUCCAAUCAAGGUGUGAGGUUUUGUUCCUUUUUUUUUGGUUUUGUUUUUUAUUUUGUUAGUUUCAGUUCCCAAAACCAUUUGAGAUUUUUUUUCCAGCAGUUUCUGCAUAUUUGUAGCUCUGAAAAAUGUAAAUUUCUGCCUUUUUUUUUUUUGCUUAAUGAAUAUAUCAUUUAUUCAGUAUGAAAUCUUUAUACUCUAUGUUCCCGUGUUAAGAAUAAAUGUACAUUAAAUCUUGUUAA